UUGUCGACCCAGCUCACGUGCCGGUCAGCCACCACAACAUUGCAGGCGACCGCUACAAGGACCCCCGGCCCUUCCAGCUGGAGGUCACCCUGCCGCCUUCCCUGGAGGAGGGCUUCAAGGUACAUUUGCCCAAUUCGAAGUCUGAGACCGUUCGGGAGGCAUACACCGACUUCACCCCCCCCGGCCUGGUCAGGAUCCAGUCGGAGAACCGGGACGGCAGCCGUACUAUUCUUGCGCUGUUCAGUACCCCCAUAAGGCCCGGAUGGACACGGCUGGUGGGGCAGCAGAUCAUGGUCUCCUCCCCCGACAACNAGGGGGGCGGGAGGAGUGUGGUGGGCUUCGUGGGGUCCAAGAUGCUGCCCGUCUGGCUCGCCCACCUGCUGGGCCCUCUCUUCCUGCACCAGGACCUUUUGUUCCUGCACUACCAGGAGAGAGCCGUGAUGCGGCAGCAGCUGGAGAGGAAGCUCAAGCAACAGCAGCGGCAGCAGCGGGAGGGGGAAGAGGCGGCCGCGGCCAGUGAUGUGGAAGGCACGGACCUGUCCCUGCCGCCGCCCCAAUACUUCACACCAGGAACUGCAGACAAGGCUAUUGCGGCCUGGCGCACCUGGCUGACCAAGUUCGCUGGUGGGGACGUGACGUAUGCACCCGGUGAGCAGGGGGGCGGGAGGAGGGGAGGAGAGCUCCCGAUCCCGGGAUUGAGACCUGUCAAAGUUGAAAAUCCUUCCAAUGGUGGAAGGUCGUUCCCGUCAGGCACCCCGCCGCUUCUCUCCUCCCCCGACAUGGCGCGUUCCGAACUGUUUGAUGUGUGGAACACCCACACCCGCCACUGCACCAUCUGCCUGAACGCGCUGAAGCGGCUGCAGCUGGCGCGUGCAGUGGCGCUGGCGGUGGGGCUGGCGGCGGCGGCCCUGGCGUUCGGGGGUGUGGUGGCUAAAGCUGCGGCCAGCGCAGCGGCCAGUGCAGCCGCGGCUGCAGCGGCGGCGGCCCCCGCCAUUGCUGCUUCCUCUUCGUCCUCAGCCGGUAACGGUGUUCUCUCCGUGGUGCUUCACGCGGCUGGCUGGCUGGUGGGCUCGUGGGAGGGGCUGGGGCUGCUGGUGGUGGCGGCUGUGGCGGCGGGGGUGGUGCUGGUGACGACCAAGCUCGAGCAGAUGAUGCACAAGUACGAGUUUUCACAUGCGGACAAUCACUGA